CGACUUACGCCGCCACCCGACGUGGAGGCGACCUGACGGCCGCCCGAUGUUCUCCAUGGGCCGGCGUCAAGACCUGGAGUCAUGGCGCCUCGAGCGCAUCCGUUUGCGCCGUCGCGGGGCGUACGAGGAGCUCGUACACUCCUACGUCAUCGUCAUGCUUCUACAUGCGAACCGCAGCAAGGUGUCGCUGCAUGGCAACCUGGACAUCAACUUGAUCGUGCACCGCAUCAUGGACACCGAAGAGUCCGUUCUCAAGGUGUCCGGAAUCAUUCCCGAGGAAGAUCCGGACCGGUACUACGCCAUCAUACCGCUGCUUUCGACUAGCAACUCGUCGCACGAGAACGAUUCUUCGUCAUCAGCGCCGCUCACGCUGGAAGACUUGAGCAAAGUGGCCGUCGGCCACCCAUCAUUCCUGGCUUACAGGCGCUUUCUGGCGAAAGAGGUGGGCCACUCGGAGGUGGCGGCCUACGUCAGCUGGGAGCUGGCACGACACCUAGGCCCGCUUACAGACAGGCAGCUCUCGCGGGGCAUUUCCGAGACCAAGUGCUUUGAGGCCAUCAGCCGACUGAUGCCUUACCCCACCGUGAUGCCCUAUAUGGAGGAACUGGACUCCAGCAGGGGAUGGGAGGAGGCCGAGAUGAUCUUCAAGGAUGUCUCCGAGGCCAUGAUCAGCUUCAUGAGCCAGCGAGGCGUCACGCUUCCUGCAACUGAUGCCAGUUUUGAACUGAAGCUCCCAACAAUGCACCAGCUAGACGCGUUUUACAAAGAGCUAGGAGAGGACCUGAGGGCGCAAGAAGAGCCGACGUUCGUGGACAAGUACUUGUCCGCUCUGUCUCAGAUCCGGAGCAAGGAGCUCUUCAGCGUGGUGCACAUGGAGGAGGAGGAGUCCAGCACUUCCUACCCGCUGCCGCCGCUGCUCGGCCGACAAGCGCAGGUGACGCAGAGGGGCGAAGGACGGGUGCCGCUGGCGUGGCUCCUUCCUCCACGGUUUGGCGCUGACUUCCCACCCACGCUGAACUACGGCGCCUUUGGCCUCGAACUUGCCGCCGCACUGCUGCGCGGAACGCCCCUCGACAAAUCGUGGCUGGAAUGUCUCGAACACCUGGAGCCCCAACUGAACAUCAGGCCACAGAAUGACAUUACGGCUCAACUGGCGUUAGCCACUGAGGCGGUGGCAGCGUUCGUAGAGAACCACCAGAAGGUGGGCCACCCGCUGGUACUUCCGGGUCUCGAGUCGGUCACCGAGGGCAUGAUGUUCUACGUGGGUGCCUGUGCGAGCAUGUGUACUAAGAACAACAUGGAGGCCUCGUACAGAUGCAACCUUGUGGCCAGGAACUCGGAAAGCUUCGCACGGACCUUUCGUUGUCCCGUAGGCUCGCACAUGAGUCCCGUCGAGCGUUGCUCCUACCCGAAUGUAACUGAGGGAUAGUAAAGAGCACAAGCUUGC